AUUUUGCUCUGUGCAUGGUAUAAAUAGGGAACACUGAAUUGUAUUUCUUUCAAAUAGUGUAGUAAAAAGGCAGGGUGUAAAAAAUACGGGAAUAAAAAGCAAUCAGUUUUUGUAACUAUAAAAGCAUCCAUCAAAACGUGACGUCAACCGGCCGUAAAAACCAUGAAAGUGGCGAUUGUUUGUAUAUCGCUGGUUGUGUUUGCUUAUAGUACCGAUGGGAUUGAACUUUUUGGUCGCAAUAAAUGUGUGGGCAAGCACGCCGAAUUCGAGCAACUGACGAUUACACCUUCAUUCGUUUCAAUCUUUGGAAAUAUUCCAAUCACAAUACAGGGCCCAUCUCUUCAGGAUGCUGUCAGCGUUCAAAUCCGUUUCAACGAUAAAACCGAGCAAAUAGUAGAUGGGUCGAUAACAGGUGGUAACGUAGUCACAUGCAUUCUACCAUUCCUCUAUAAAAAUGGUAGAAUACGAGUGGACAUGAUAGUAAAACUAACAGACAACACCAUUCAGACAUUCUAUGGAUUUAUUUACACUCAAAAGCAUCGUAGUGAUCUCGAAUUUGAGCUUGUCGGAACAACAGUCAAAGUGUCUUGGGAAAAGACUCAUUUCGAUGUAGACGCACUUCUAGAUUUGGAAUUGUGGGAAGUUGUUAGCGGAAUUUUGACCUCCAGAGGAGUGAUCAUGCCAAACAUACCGAACAUAGGAUUUUUCACGGGGGAAGUCAACAGUUUAGUAGUGACUCUGAUUCAAAAUCUGAUAAAUAUUUACAUAGUUGAACUGAAAAUCAACAUCAACUCAGGAUCGUCCCAAAAUUCUACCAAGCCACAACAUCCGUUAAUAACCAAUUGGCUGAAUCAACUCAAGGGAAAAUCUGAGCGAGAACUGAAUCAGCUAUGCUACAGUUGGUACAUUCAAGACAAAGGAGCACCCAGCGACGCUGAGUGCUGUCCUCGAACCCUAAAAGAAGCACGAGUUGAUGAACGAUUCGAGCCUGUUGACGACUUGAAGUUGUAUAACCCUGAAGCAGAUUAUGGUUUUAUGCAAAAGGUUCCAUCCCUCAGUGGUGCAGCACAGCGAUGUGUUUACAAAAACGGAACACUCUUAGUUGGGCCACCAAGCGGUGGUAACGUAAGAUCGGUCAGCCCCAAUGGCGAAAACGGUGAGAUGGCGCAUAUAAUUGCAGACAUAUUGCCGUGGUAUACGUGCUGUAAACUAUCGGUGACCAAGUCAUAUUGUAACCUCUAUUACGAAAAGAGACCAUCGAAUGAUGGUAAGUGUUACCGACCACCUCAUUGUGGACACGUCAUAGGUGAUCCACAUUUCACAACGUUCGACGGUCUGUAUUAUACAUUCCUUGGUCUCGGUGAAUUUUGGGUUAUCCGAAGUGAAGACUUCGCGAUGCAAGGCAGAUUUACCCAAUUCAAAGACACAAAAGCGACCGUUUGCACUGUGUAUGUCAUGUAUCAACGAAGCUUUGAUGGGGAAGCAACUGUUCAAUUAUCGUUGAAGGAAAAAUAUAUUGAAAUAAUGAUUGAUGGCCAGGUAGUCGCAAUGGAUCCGAACGUGAAACAGCCUCAACGUACCAUAAUGUACAACGGCGUAUCAAUUGUAAUAACUUCCCCUGAGGACAUCACAAUUACGUUUUCGACCGGAUACUCGUUCAAAUUUACCUACGAUCCAUUUGUUAUCAACAUGGCUGGUUUGGUUGCUGAGGAAUUGAAGGGUUCGUUCAGAGGAUUGUUUGGUGUAUUCGAUGAUAACCAGGAAAAUGAGCUCACAUAUCCAAAUGGAAGAGUCAUUCCUACUAAUUCAGACUCAAGGGCGAUUCACGAUUUUGGUAUGAGUUGGAAACUAACUUGUGAGGAAAGUCAUUUUACAUAUCCACUCGGCAAGGGUUAUGACAACUUCUAUGACGAUAAUUUCGUUCCACUCUUCGAAGUUCCAGACUUAGACAAAUUGUCACCAGAAGAUGUGGAAGCUUGCAAAGGAUCUUAUGAAUGUCUGUUCGAUUUGUCAGUAACUGGGAAUAGAGAGAUGGCGCUAGGUACACAGAAAGCCGUAGAGAACUUCUCUGCCAUUGCUAAGGCAACGAGUGUUGGGUGUGAAAGAAUAUCUGUACCUAGAAAUGGAUACUUGGUGGUUAUUAAUUACUCUGAAGGAAGUACAGUACGACUCGUUUGUAAUACAAAUUUCCAGGUUCAAGGAAUUGAUUCCGUAAAAUGUGUUAGAGAUUUAGUUGGUAUGCUAUCUUGGGAUGGAAAAUUGGGAAUGUGUGUCAAGAUAAAUAAAUGCGCUAAUGAAAAUGCAUGGUUACAGUGGCUAUGCGAAAAUGGCCUUUCUGCAUAAAGAUGUAAUGAAAAAUUUUACACAUUCCAAUUCAGUAUCCGGUCGUGAAUUAAUGGAAAUCCUAAUAAUGAAAAAUAAUUUUAGAAAAUAAAUGAUUUGCAUCACAU